AUGAAUGGCCAGCACCUCUUCAGCGACUCGGAGGAUAAUGCGGUGACAGUGGAACGAGGCAUGUCAAACACUCUGGAUACCACUGGCCAGACAGAAAAGAAACACCAGGGUCUGGAUUGUGGCACCCCAUCACUGUUGCCGUUCACUUCUCAGAAGAUCCAGCAGCACUGUCAGGGCCUCCCUGCUCAGCCAAAAACUCGGAGUUGGAAGGUGUCUGUGAGCCGAGCCAUUAAGCCAUUUGCAGAACCUGGACGCCCUCCUGACUGGUUCUCUCAAAAGCAUUGUGCCUCACAAUACUCUGAGCUCCUGGAGACAACUGAGGCCCCAAAGAGAAAGCGAGGUGAGAAAGGGGAGGUGGUUGAGACGGUGGAAGAUGUGAUCGUCCGCAGGUUGACAGCGGAGAGAAUAGAGGAGUUGAAGCGAUUGAUCAAGGACACACAAGAGAAGCACAGGAAACUGAAGAGAGAAACUGAACUCAUCCAGGCAGGACAUCUGGACUCUAAACUUGAGGAGCUAUGGGAGGAAAUUGUACGGAGCAGAAAACAAGAGGAAGAGGAAGCUGAGGUGAAAAGAAAGGCCACAGAUGCAGCGUACCAGGCCAGGCAGGCAGUGAAGAACACUCCUAAACGUGUGCCCAGUGUGACAGUGCGCUCCCCCUCUGGGGCCUGCUCACCGAGCCUGGAUUUUCCCAUUGGAGAUCCAUCUGAAGAUCCUAGCACCACUGGGGCAGGAUCAACAGUGUUUGUGCCUCUGACGGAGCUGCCAGGCCCUGGAGUGGUAGAGGCGAGUUUGGGGUCACUGCUAGAUGAGUCAACACAGAAGAAGCUUUUGGGUCAGAAAAUCACACCACCUCCCUCUCCUCUCCUGUCAGAACUGCUGAAGAAAGGCAGUCUUCUGCCCACCAGCCCCAGACUGGCAGUUGAGGGAGAAUCUCCGUCCAGUCAACUUACAGGGAGUCACGAUAAUCAGAUGAUGACUUCUUCACUACCUGCCUCUCAGGCAGCAACAGGUGCUCCCACACUGUCUCGUCUGCUGGAAGCUGGUCCUGCCCAAUUUCCCUCACAAUUGAGCUCAUUGGCCACUGCAGACUCCGCCCCCACCACUGCCGCCUCUGCAGUGGACACCGCUGCCCCGCUCAGCACAGGAGGCGAUGGGGCCUCCAGUGCUUCAGUGGAUAAUAAGGAGGCGGUUUUAGGGGAGGAGGACUUGGUGACUGUGUCCUAUAUGGCAGAGGAGCUGGACUUAGAGACAGUUGGGGACAUCAUAGCUAUUAUUGAAGAGAAGGGUGAUGAGAAUGCCGAAGCACUGGACGCUGCAGCGGUGGAAGCCGCUCUGUCUCUGUGUGAAGACACGGGUCACAACCUGUCGGGUCCCUGGGAGCCCAACCCCUUCAGGACCAUUGGCCCUGAGCCCUCCAGCACUUUAGAGGACUUAGACCCACAUUCCCUGCAUCUGUUAGAGGGGAAGCGAGAGGGUCCUGACAUGUGUGGAUCCAGCAGUGGCUGUGCACAGGGGUACACAACACCCUCCACCACUGUCCCCUCGGUUCCUCAAGACCCCACUCCGACAGCAGGAGCCCAUUCAGACCCAGUUGCCCUCAGACCGGAGCACACUGACGAGACCCAGGAUGGGCGGCCAGAAUCACUGCACACUGUGAUCAAAAGUGAGACUGACGAAUGGACACCGUCUCAAUCAGAUACACGGUCAGAAGAUGACCCUGUGAUAAAACAGCACUCAAAGGAAGUGAAAGAGGAGGAGGAAGCCGUGAGUGAUGCUGAGGAGGGCAGUGUGUCGGCGAUGAAAGCUGGAUUAGAAGGGGAUGGAGUCGAAGAUUGUGGGGGAGAAGAAGAUGGAGAUCUCUCCGAGCCAGAGGGGGAAACAGAGUUGGAUCCUCCGGCCAGCGAGAGUGAGGACGGCUAUAGCAUGCACACGGCAUCCUCUUCCGUACAGCUCCACACAACUGCAGACUCCAUACCCAGCAGCCCUGCCUCCUCACAGUUCUCUAUCUGCAGUGAAGAUCAAGAAGCAAUUCAGGCUCAGAAGAUCUGGAAGAAAGCCAUUAUGUUGGUGUGGCGAGCAGCAGCCAAUCACAGGUAUGCAAAUGUCUUCCUGCAACCAGUGACGGAUGACAUCGCCCCUGGUUACCGCAGUAUUGUGCACAGGCCAAUGGAUCUGUCCACCAUCAAGAAGAACAUUGAGAACGGGCUGAUCCGCACCACAGCUGAGUUCCAGCGCGACAUCAUGCUGAUGUUCCAGAAUGCGGUGAUGUACAACAGCUCGGACCACGAUGUGUUCCACAUGGCCGUGGAGAUGCAGAGAGAUGUUCUGGAGCAGAUCCAGCAGUUUCUGGCCACACAGUUGAUCAUGCAGACCUCGGAAUCAGGCAUCAGUGCCAAGAGCCUGCGUGGGAGAGACGCCAACCGCAAACAGGACCCCAGUGACAAGGUGGGACACUUUAUGUGCCAUAGCACUUUUACGCUUUUGCACAUUUCAUCAGAAGAUUCUGGAUAACUAAUAUUAGUCUAUUGAAACAGGAUAUG